AUGAGAUCCAAGCACUCUAUUAACCGUGCUCAAAAUAUGAGCUCUGAAAGGCCACUUAGGCAAUUCGUUACAGGUAAAGACAAGUCAGCAGGUAGAAAUUUAAAGGGUCGUAUCACAAUUUUCCACAGAGGGGAAGGGGCAAAACGGUCACAAAGAACAAUUGAUCUAAAACGCAACACUUCAUCAGUAGGUGUAGUUGAACGAAUCGAAUACGACCCAAAUUGCACUUCACGGAUCGCAGUGGUCAGAUGGGUAGAAGGGGCAGCUGUUGACCGCUCGAAAGAAGUCAACUCCCUCCAAAAAAAACUUCACCCCACCCCCUAA